AUCGGCUCGAAUGAUAUCUUCGAACCUUUCGAUCCGUUGGGAAUAGUCUAAUAUUUUUUUCUACUGUUUGAAAAUCAGAAUCAGAAGGUUAAGUUUUGACUACAAUAUGAAGACGGAAAUCAGAGUUGAAAAUGCAACUGAGAAGGAAGAGUUACCAGUUCCUGGACUAGGUGUGAGACAUAUUCAAGUUGGUCUGCUGUUCUCACUUCUUGCGAUUGCCUAUGGCAUGCGUGUGAAUUUAUCAGUAGCAAUUGUUGCUAUGACGGAUGUCAGCACGUCAAGCAAUCCCGAUGUACCGACCUAUGACUGGGACAAUAAAAGCGUUAUCCUUUCUUCCUUCUUCUGGGGUUACAUCACUCUUCAGAUAUUUGCUGGCCAGCUAGGCAAUACCUACGGAACCAAAUGGAUAGUGUUCGCAGCGAUGUUCGUGAACGCUUCUGGAUGCAUGCUGACUCCCCUCCUGGCCAAUACUGUGGGAUCCUAUGGUGUCAUGGGCUGCAGAAUAGUUCAAGGGAUGUCGCAAGGGUUCUUUUUCCCCAGUGUGCAUAAUGUUCUGGGACAAUGGGCGCCAUUGAAAGAACGCUCAUUUCUUGGGACAAUAGCAUUCGCAGGGCCAUCAUUUGGUACGAUAGUCGCCAUGCCUCUGACUGGUUACAUUGCAGCUUCUUGGUCAGGUUGGCCUGUUUCCUUCUAUUUAUUCGGCUGUUUGGGAUAUUGUUGGAUGCUUGCUUGGGCCCUUGCUGGAGCGAAUAACCCUGCAGUUCAUCCGAAUAUCACUGUGAGAGAAAGAGAAUAUAUACAAAAAAGUCUGAGUGUUACGAAAGAUGAGAAGGUAUUGAUAACUCCUUGGAAAGGAAUAUUCACCUCAAUACCAAUGUGGGCAAUCGUAGUUGCCAUGUUUGGGCAGAACUGGGGCUAUUCUACUCUACUGACUGAGAUGCCAACCUAUAUGAGUAAAGUUAUGAAAUUCGAUAUGCAUUCGAAUGGCGCCCUUUCUGCAGCACCUUAUCUGGCAUCUUUCAUAGCCAGUUUUGUAUUUGGUGCCAUAUCAGAUUUUAUUAUCAAUUCCAAAUAUGUCUCCCUCGAGAACUCAAGAAAACUCUUCAAUACAAUAGGAACUGUCGUUCCAUCAAUGGCACUUGUCAUACUAGGUUUCCUCCCAGAAGAUUGGAUUGCGCUAUCAGUGAUGAUGCUGGUUAUUGCAGUAGGAGUCAACGCAGCAGUUUUUGUAGGAUUCCAAAUCAAUCCUGUUGAUUUAUCGCCCAAAUUCUCUGGAAUCAUAAUGGGAAUAGGAAAUGGAUCAUCAAAUAUAUUCUCUAUUAUUGCUCCAUUGAUGGUGCAAUUCUUGGUUACAGAUGAGACAAGCAGAUCCCAAUGGAGAAUAAUAUUCAUCAUCGCAGCAUGUGUCUAUUCUGCAUCGAAUGUAUUCUACGUGAUCUUUGCUUCUGGAGAUGAACAAUGGUGGAACAAAUCAGCAGAAGGAAACGUCGAAGAGGAAUCCAACCAGAUGGAUGAGAGAAUUAUCAUCAGAACGCGAAUUGCUCAUGAUAAUUAUAUCAAAAAAUGAUUGACAACAUCAUACUAUUCCUUCCA